AUGGCAAUCUUGGAAAGCACUUCAAUUGUAAAAUUUCGAAGUAUAUUUCUAAAUGAAUUUCAUCAAUUACUUGUUGAUUUUCAUUUCAUUAAACAAAAUCAAAGACGUCGUACAUAUGGAGCAUCUAUUUUGAAUCCGAAUUUAACACCAAGUACAGGUUAUUAUCAAACUCUAGGACGUGUAUCAUCAAAAAUACCUCCAUCAAAAGUAAGACAGAGUUUAAAAGUUUUGUUUAAUGGUAAAAGUGCUCUAACAAUACUUAAUCGUCAAAAUGAAAGUUUCUUAGAAAAAAAGAUUUGUAGAUCCGAUGGCAAUUAA